CCUCCGGAGAUGCGCCCGCGUAUAAAAACGUCAUCUCCUCAGACAAACUCCUCUGCUGUCAUCAUCUCUGGAUGCGAUUUCCUCAACAUGGACCUCGAUGUUGCAACGUCCAAAAUCCUCCUGGACUGGAAAGUCGGCGAACCGCUCCACUCCUCCUCCGCCUCCUCUCCGGAGUCGUCUUCUUCCUCCGUGGACUCUGUGUGCUCCUCGCCGGAGAUCUUCUACUCCGAAGGUCACCGGGAGCUCGGCUACGACUUUCCAGGGCGGGGGUCCGGCCCCGGCCCCAAGGCGUCCAGGACGCAAGGCAAGGCCAAGAUGUCCACCAAGAGGCGCGUCAAGGCGAGCGAGAGGGAGAAGAUGAGGAUGAGGAGUCUCGCCGAGGCUCUGCAUCAGCUCCGGGACUACCUGCCGCCGGACUACACCAAGAAGGGCCAGCCCCUGACCAAAAUACAAACCCUCAAGUACACCAUCGAGUACAUCAACAAGCUCUCGGACAUUCUGAGCCGUGCGUAAAAGUCACCAUUUUACGCACCCACGCGUAAAAGUCACGCAGCAAGGUUGUGCUCAUUUUGGACCUUUUCUUUUCUUUUUC